AUGCCUCAUUUUAUCGGACUCAAGCUAUUGAGUGUCUUUAGUAUCGGAAGUCUUGUUGCUUCCCAGCUAUUUCUUCCACUAUUCUUCAAAGACAUCCUUGGGCUGGGGUCAGAUAAGAUUGGAAUGAUAUUUUCUAUCAUUCCGUUUACAUCCUGCAUUGCGUUUCCGUACUGGACCCAUCUGGCAGACCGUACACAUGCCUAUAAGACCAUUAUGAUAAGCAAUAUGUUUAUCGCACUUUUUUCUAUUCUAUCUAUCGGUCUGGUACCUUUUAUAACCAACCAGGAAUCAACCACAAUUGUUUUGGUGGCUCUUGGUUGCUUUGGCUAUGCAUUCUGUGGAUAUCCGAUGAUUUCUGCCAUGGUCGACUGUGUGACUCUGAGGGCAUUGGGUGAUGACAAGGCAUUAUAUGGAAGACAAAAGAUUGGCUGUCCGAUUGGAGUCAGCUCUGCAAUCUUUUUGGUUGGUCUGCUGCAGGAGACUUUUGAGACUCAGUAUGCACUCUUUUGGGUAUACGCCGUGUAUGUGCUUGGGUUUAUUGCCACAAUUGCAGCCAUAGAUCUGACACCCCACCGAUACCCCAAGCCCGUCGACGAGGAAGAAACACCUCUUCUGCCGGACCCUGCAUCAGCUGCCACCUUAAUAGCCGUAGGAUCAACCACCCCAUCUUUGUCUGAAAACGGUGUCGAGAAGCAAGACAAGUCGAUGUGGCAUCUGUUCCGUCAGCCAGAAAGCAUGCAUUUCUACACAGUAGUCGCAAUCCUCGGCUUCUGUUUCUCCACCUUUCAGAUCUUUUUGUUUAUGUUUAUCCGCAAUGAUCUUCAUGGCACACCUGCCAUGAUUGGUCUGCUUGGUCCACUAAGUGGCUUCUCUGAAUUAUUGGUGUUCUUCUUCUCCAAGCAGAUAUUCAAGGCUAUGGGCGUCCGGUGGAUGCUGACCAUAGCUCACCUUAUUGCUAUCUAUCGAGUCAUUAUCUACAUCUUGGCCAUGGAGAUUACCUGGGGUGCUUGGCUGGUUACCAUUAACCAUCUUGCUCAUGGUGUAAUGUUUUCAAUGAUAUGGACUGCUGCAGCUCUGCAGGCAGAUGCAGUGGCUCCUCUUGGUUUAAAGAGUACGGCUCAAGGCCUACUGAAUGUCAGUUUCAAUGGCGUCGGUGGAGGCACAGGAGCAUUAGUGGCUGGUUACGUAUAUGAAAAUCGCGGAGUGGCCGAUAUGUGGAUUAUGCUUGGAUUGGUUGCCACAGCUGGCCUUGUAAUCUUUACUUUACCAGCAGCCAAAGCUCCCUUUCGCUGGUUAGGAAAGCAUUUUUAA